GGUGACACGAUGUGCACAUAAUAUUCCUGAGCGAGCAUUUCAAGGGUUUUCGACUUCCGCAUGAAUUCAUGCGUUGAGAGGUCCAGCCUACAUUUCAUUUUCACACAGGAAGGCCUUAUGGUUAUGUUGAUGAAAUAAACGCAUGGCUGUGUGGUCCUCUUUCAGAUAGCGUCGUGUCUUACCAAAAGCAGAUUAGAACUUACACCAUAAAUAAACAUUUCACUUCUCGUGUCUACGGAUGCAUCGGUAAAGUCGUAGACAAAAUUGGCUUUUUAGCCUCGUGGAUGGUAAGAAUAAUCUAAUUGCUGUAGUUGAAUCCGAUCAUUGCUGUUGUUGAACCCGAUCAACAACAUAAAACCCCUUUCACAAAAAUGGAGCCCUUGUUCCGUUCCCUGCUUACCCAGACGGCGCAGAGCGCCCGUACGGUUGCACGCGAGGCUGCGCGCGCCUCCGGGGCGGUGGCUCCGGAACAGUUGGACCGAUUGGAGAAGACGGUGACGCAGAAUGUGGCGGACGGAUUGAACGUGGUCACGAAGGACGUUCUGGGGCUCUCGAAGAUGCACACCAUGGGACCGAAGGAUGUGAAUUCGCUGGAGUCAUUAGAUUCGAAAAUCAAAGCGCUGGACAAAGUGCUUCGCAGCUCGAAUACCGGGAUCGAGUUGCGUCAACAACCGGGCGUCGGGCCGGCGGUGCGGCUGGUGCGGAAAACCAGCACGGGGCUGGCGAUUACGGACUACGAAAGUGGAGCGAGUACGGUAAGUGCUAGCAGGAGCUCAUCUUCAUCCGAACAGAAAUCUGUCGGCCCGAAUCAGCAUCACGGUGAGUCGCGCAUCAAUCGCAAAAGAACCAGCGCGAUGCAAACCCGCGCGCAGGCGCGGCAGUUUGUGGAAAGAAUCGUCAGAUUGCAGAGCGAGGAAGAAUAUGGAUUGCAAAAAUGUCUGGGUCGGGAAGAUUACAAGUCUGUCAUGCUUGUCUCACCUGACUCUUAAAUUUGUCAUGCACAUUACCCAAGAGCCCCACUUUUGCUUUUCUGUCAUGCAGAAACGCUGCGUGUCAUGCAGAAUAGGCAAGACCUAGAAGCUCAAAAACUUGUCAUGCUGAGCCAGCACUUGUGGCCUCCUCGUGAUACGCCACCCAGCAUCACAAGUUCCGAGGCCCAGACACUUUUGCAAUGCAUAAAGAAAUCAAGCACGUGAAGGCGUACGUGAAAAACCUCCUCGCGGAGGAGAGCACGCUCGGCGCCGCUCUAGCCUCGAGUUUCGCCGCUUCGAGUACGAAUUCUACAACUUCCUUCCUGUCCGCCUUUCUCACCGGCCCGGCGGCGCCUUCUGCGAACCCGAUCAUGGCCACGUGGGCACACGAGCUGGAGAAAAAUUUGUAUCGCGACAUCGUGACUUUGCUGUUCAGCUUGUUCCGGGAAUGGGCAGUUUCUUUAGAUACGGUCGGGAACUUUACGGAGCAAGCAGAUCCCGCCGGUAGUUCUCCGCCUUUGUUAAUGGGGCACGAUCUCCGCGUGGAUUACCACCCAAUUGGCACACACAGCACUACGCUGAAGUCGCGCGUUCCCUGGACGCCGGAGAACCGGAAACGGGUGAAUCUGGUCGUGGAACAGCUCCUCGAGCAACACCCGGCUUUCAACAUGAGAAGGUCUUUUUUCGGAGACGGAAAUCUUGCUGAUGAGGACCUAUCACAUUCACAUUCGUCCAACAACUCGAACUCCUCCUCCGGCACUUCUCUCUUCCGUGGCAAGAACGGGGAACCCGGGCUGCUCGGGGCGGAGUUUGAAAAGAAGUACGCGCAGGAGGUCGCCAAUGCCAGCUUCCGGAUCGCGAUGGAUCUCUUCUCUUCGAGCGCCAGGUUCGAGGUGAAAGUGCUCGGCCACCGGGUUCACUGGAACGUCAACCCACUGUCGAUCGACGAAAUUAUCACGGGGAAAAAUAGCGCGUUUCUUACCCAUGGGCCGAGGGCGAGGAUGUGGUCACCGGAUAGAACAAGCAGCAACCAAGGAGCGCAAGAAGCGGAAGCGGAUCAUGAAACCACAACAGGUCACUUUUCGACGAACCUCCACAGUGAACUGAAUGUUGCAACAGAAGAGGGUCGUCCAAAACAUCCCGCGACGUCCAACAAGAACAAAACCGUUCAGGAGCCCCAGCACAGCACGAACUCGAACCAAAUGUCCGCGGUGAAUCACGAGGCCAUUCGUAUUUUUGCCGAGGAGUUUCUGCGGGAACGGCGAAAACUGCGCCGCACGCAGUUCUUGCAACUGCCGGAACCGAUUGAGCGCGAGAUCUACGAGUACACCUUGCGGCUUUCCCUCUGCAUUCUCGAGGAGGCGCUGCUGUCUUCCAAAAUUCGCAUGCUCGGUUCCAGGUUCCGGUUUUCCAUCGUGGAAACGAUUUUUGACCCCGGGUUCUCCCGGCGUGUGGAGGCAACAAGCACAGGAACGACAACGGUGGGGAACAAAACUGAAGCGGCUGGAGAAGUAGAACCACAUCAGGAAAACAAGCAACAUCAAGCACCAAAAGCAAAUACCACGUCGAGCAGCUCCGAUGAGGACAUUACCGCGACGGUGGCGCAGUUGCAAUCGAAACGGGCCGAGCUGGUGGAACAGAUUCAAGCAAUCGACGCAGUGUUGGCUUUCGACAAGGAGAGAUAA